AUGACGUCAGUGCAGGAUGUAGCGCUGCCUUCGUGUGGGCUUCGAGGGAUGGCAGUUUCUAUCUACAUGCGGGUAGAAUACGUGGACCGCCGUGGGUACGGCUGCCCAGUGGCAGGCAUGGAACUACGCAACGGGACAGCACGACCUAUUGAGAAGGAAAAUUGGAUGGGUACGCAGUGGUGGCGGGAGUGGCUGGCGUGGGGUCUGGGAGGUGGAGGAGAGAUUCCGUCGAGUGUUGUGGGGCUUUGGAGUGUGUGGAAGGUUGCACCAGCCCUCUUCACAUGUGUGAACGUUUGCGUCUGCGCAGGAGCACUCACCGCAUUGGUGGCCUGCGUGCGCUGGUAG